AUGGAGCCUCACACCUGGAGCAAAAGGCUGGGAGCGUCUGAGUCCAUGCUCUGGUGUACAGUGUGUCUGCUGCUCCUGCCUGUGACCACCACCGCCCAUCAUGAGUCCGAUGCCUCGGGUCUCCUCCAGGUGACCAUCCCCAUAGAGCCUCCGGUGCUGGCCGUGCUGGGGGGCUCCCUCACCCUGCCCUGCCUGGUGUCCCUCACUCACCCGCCUCCCCCCUUCUCGUCCAACGGGCGCCUGGCCAUGCUGACGAUGCCCCGGGUCAAGUGGACGAUGCUGCGGGAGGGAGUAGAGACAGAGAUCCUGGUGGCCAGCGGGGACCGGGUGAAGGUGAGCGAGGUGUACCGGGAGCGUGCGUCUCUGCAGAACUACGCCUCGUCUCCCGCAGACCUGACCCUGAGGCUGGAGCGACUGAGACACGGGGACUCUGGACUGUACCGCUGUGAGGUGCAGCAGGGACUGGAGGACGCCCACGGGCUCGUCACGGUCCGAGUCAAGGGUGUGGUGUUCCACUACCGCGCCGCCUCCUCCAGAUACGCCUUCAGCUUCGCUCAGGCCCGAGACGCCUGCCACAGCAUCGGGGCAGACGUGGCUUCUCCAGAGCAGCUGGUGGCGGCCUACACCAGCGGAUACGAGCAGUGUGACGCCGGCUGGCUCUCCGACCGCUCCGUCAGAUAUCCGAUCCAGAUGCCCAGAGAAGGCUGCGCUGGAGAUCUGGACGGACUUCCUGGAGUCCGGAGCUACGGCUUUUUGGAGCCGGACGAACUGUACGACGUCUACUGCUACGUGGAGAAUAUCAGAGGCGAGGUGUUCCACAGCUCCGCCCCUGAGCGCUUCUCCUUCUCUGAGGCCCAGUCCUUCUGCAGAGGCCUGGGAGCACAGCUGGCCUCCACGGCUCAGCUCCACGCCGCCUGGAACGACGGCCUGGACCUGUGCAGUCCCGGAUGGCUGGCAGACGGCAGCGUGCGCUACCCCAUCGUGACCCCCAGGGAGCGCUGUGGGGGCGGGGAGCCGGGGGUCCGCACUGUGUACCGCUACAGCAACCAGACGGGCUUUCCAGAACCACACACACGACACGACGCUUACUGCUUCAGAGUUGAAAACUCUCCGUACACCGGUUCUCCUCCGGGCGAGCCGACGGAUGUCAUCGACUUCACUCACUCGUUUAAAGGGGAAGACUCUGGACACGUGACGGUUCAAGACAGCGCCACGGUCCAGCACACGGAGGAGCCCACGGUUAACCACUCUGCCACUCCGGUUCAGCCAUUCACCGAGAACGAUCGCCGGACGUCUGCAGCACAAGAUCACGCAGCUACGACUCAUACUGGAGCCUUAGGAGUCAAGGAGAAGAUUAAUCAGGACACAAUCCAAACAAAUCCUAGUGUUCCAGUUUUACAUCACACAGAAAUUCAAUCCAAUUCGACAGAUGCAGAAAGUUUUGAGGCCACACCCACGACUGAAGCGAACGCCUCGGACAUAAUCGAGAAAAAUCAAACAUAUAUCAUCUCCUCGUCUCGUGCCGAAAGCAAUUUUUCUCACGAUUUGGGAGAGGGUUUUGACAAAGACAAUUCCACCGUGUUUCUGGAGGUGGUGGAAGAAGCAGAAGAGUCGACGACUGUUUGUGACGUGACCGACCCAGCGGAGGAUUUAGAUGAACUCGGUGAAUUAGAAAACGUCACAGCGACGGUGGAACCAGGACCAGAGAGAACCAACGAGAGUCUGGUCUCACAGAACGGAACCGCCCACGUCUGCUCCUGUCAUUUAGCGGCUAACGAGUCAGAUGACCAGUCGUCCGGAGAGCUGUCCGUCUCCACAGAACCAUCUCCUGAUCAUUUACCGACUCUGCAAACUUGGUCCAAACCUGACGAACCCACACCUGAAGCAUCCACAGACUCAGACCUCUCUCCUUUGCUCCACGCAGUCACUUUUAUGGCCUCCACUUUCACAACUCCUUCCCCAGAUAUCGCCGAAGAAGAAACCAGGACCCAGAACCUUGCAGCUGUUCCCAGUCUCUCCACCGAAGCUGUUUCGGUAGGACCCCAGACGGAGAUGUUCGAUGGUGGUUCAGGACAAGACGUGGAAGAGAAGACAGAAGAGUUUAGUCCAGAGCCCACAGCCCACAGCGCAGCAGAGGGGGGUACGGACCUCCAACGGAUCAGCUUGGGUUCAUACGAGAGCGUGACGGUGGGAUGGCAGCUGGAGGCCUCUGAGGUCCCACAGGAGGCCAAGUCUGAGGUGGUCUACAGCCGGUCCCUGAGCUCUGUGACCGGAGAGACCGAGGAGCCCCCGACCGAGACAACGGACCGGAACAUCAACGAGCCUUGGUCUGAAGAGGACGACUCACGAGAAAAUUGUCCGUGGCGAAGUCGCGAGGAAACCACAGAUGGAUCUUUGACCACAGAUGACCAGAGGACCCCUCCCUCUCCCCACACCCCCCACACCCCCCUGGAAGUGGCAGACGAUGCGGCCAUGGCUGCCUCUGUGGCGGAGGUCAGAGUGGCAGCUGCGGCUCUGUCAGACACGUGUUUCCAGAGCCCCUGUUGGAAUGGAGGAACCUGCAUCGAAGAACAUUCUGGAGCCUACAGGUGCAUCUGUCUGCCGGGGUACACUGGAGACCUGUGCCAGUCUGACCUGGGUCAGUGUGAACCUUCCUGGGAUAAGUUCCACGGCUCGUGUUUCCGUCACUUCUCCAGUCGUCAGAGUUGGGACGUGGCAGAGCAGCACUGUCGUAUGUGCGGAGGUCACCUGGUGUCUGUGCUCACACCAGAGGAGCAGACAUACAUCAAUGAUAAGUUCAGAGAAGACCAGUGGAUCGGCCUCAACGACAGAACUAUUGAGGGAGACUUCCGCUGGUCAGACGGAAACCCUCUGUUGUAUGAGAAUUGGUUCAAGGGGCAGCCCGACAGCUACUUCCUGUCAGGAGAGGACUGUGCGGUGAUGGUUUGGCAGGACCAGGGCCAGUGGAGCGACGUGCCCUGCAACUACCACCUGUCCUACACCUGCAAGAAGAGUGUCUCCUCCUGCGGGCCGCCUCCGCAGGUGCCUCACGCUCAGGUGUUCGGGAGGCGGCGUGUGCGCUACGAGAGCGGCUCCAUGGUGCGAUACUUCUGCACCGACGGCUUCAUCCAGAGACUCAACCCCGUGGUCAAGUGUCUGCCCAGCGGACUGUGGGCGGAGCCAGAGGUCACAUGUCUCCCAGCUUCUGCACAGACGAGGAGAGAGGCCUCCGUCACCAGAUCGUCCGCCGCUGAGAGCACGACUCAGAAACUGGCUUCGUACCAGCUGGUGCUAACACCUCCCCACAAUCCACUGCACCCCUCUCCACAAUCCACUGCAAAAAGUCUGAAGCAGGACCGUAACACACCUGAGGUUUUCCAAGUAUCUCCAGCUACAGAAACUCCAAACCUCCAGAACUUUCACAGUCCUUCAGAAACUGUCAGUCCACCAGAGAAAACCCUCCCACCAGAGACACAGGACGUCAGCUCCGAUGCCGCUCACUUCAUGGUUUCAACGAUGAUCCGAAAGCUCUUGGACAAAUCCCCCGUGUCCCUGGACAUUAGGGAACAAGGAAAAGUUAUUUUGCGACUGCGUGAGGUGGGGCGAGGAGUCUCCAUGCCCCAGGGAACAGACCUGAAGACCAAAGAUCUCAAAGCCAUAGCUAAAGAGGGGGCGAGAAGUCUCCGGGAAGAGAUGGGACCCACCUCCUCACCCCUGCUCCAGAGUGACUGGUUUGUGGAGGCAGCGGUGAGACAUUUGAACUUCCACCUGAAAGACUUCAGUGACGAGGACAGAGGCCGACGACCGGGACACUGCUUCUCUCGAGUGUUUAAGAUGUUCAGGACCAGGAGGAGCAGAGUGUCGCCUGGUCCUCUGAGAGCAUACCUCAGAUCAGCAUCUUAA